AUGCCUGCAGACACCCUCCCCGAACCCGUCCAGCCAGGCGAUCUCAUCCUCGUCCACGGUGGCGGUGAUCCGCACAUGCUAGUCGUCGAUUCCGCCCGGGAUACAACCAAUGCGAACCCCAAGACAUCAUCGGUCACUGUUCACGAGGUCCACUGGCAUAGCCCCGACCAACAAGGAUUCUGGACAUUAUCCGGCCCAGACGUGUAUUAUGUCGGCGAAGGCAGAAAGGAGGACAAGGAGGAUGCCCGUUGGUGCCUGCACAGCAAGCAUGUUGACGAUGAGCCAGUGACCGAUCUGUGCUACUUUAUGAACCCUGAUCCGAGUACUGGGAAUAAGGAUGUUUCGGUUAUUGUGAGGCCUCAUGGACGGGACGUACUCCAACACUACUGGGGCGGGCGCUGUCCUCACUGCGGCAAUAUGGGCUGGUUCUGUCCUGGAUGCGGUGGUGCCACUCGAUGGCCGGAUAUCUUUGGCAGCUGUGGACUGGACCAGUCAUGUCCGAUUUGUCUGGGAUAUGGUUUUGCCCUCGAUGACAAAGCAACACUCUGGCAGCUAGACGAUUUUACAUCGCCUCUUUACCGUGAAAGGUAUGGUCAUAGUAAGAAACCAAUGGAAUCGGACGAGCUGGAAAGGUUAAAGAAUGAGGCCCUUACCAUGGUGACGGAGAGAUACGAGAGGAUCAAUGCUAGGAGGCGGGAGAUGGGAAUGGACGAGGAGGAUUUGGAUAAGUUGAUCAACGACUGGAAGGAGAGCUAUUUCUAG